GUGGACAGCAUCAAGGGGCGAUGACUUACAGCGAUAUCGUUCCGGGUGGAGCUGUGGGUGCUUCGACGACGCGUUUCGAACACGCGCCUCCACCCAUGCCGGGCGCAGCCUUUCCUGCCAAUAAUCAUGAUUUUUUUCCCGCAGGGUUCUCCCUUGUAUCCCCUGCUCUGAGAAGUUUGCCGUCGCUGCAAUUAUCUUCCUCCGAGGACGAGUGCGUUUACUUCAAGCCUGGUCAAAGCGCGGGGGCGCAGCAGUUCCCACUCGCUGAACAAUUUCCGAGUGCCUUCCCAUGUUCCGUUCCCCGAAGUAAAGCCUCGCAGCACGGUGGUGCAAGUACGGAUCCGCUUAUGCGCGGUGGCAGAGAUCCCCUCAGCAGGGCUUCGACGCGGGACGUCGGCACCUCCACGAACCCGAGCACGUUCACUUUGUCGAAGGAAGGCAGCAAGGAAGAUCUUGAUGGGUGUCUGUCGAUCUUCGAAAACGUACCCAAGCAGUCCGGCGAACAACGCAGCUUGCUCGCUGCUGGUGCUGUUGACGCGGAGCUAUACGCGAAAGAAGGCACAACCGGCGCAAUGGAUACUCUCAAUGAUGCCGUGGUUGCAGAUUCGGAUACCUUUGACGCGGAUGAAGUACCACUUUCGGUGCAGCAACUCCUGUGGCAGAAGUCCGGGCACCUGGAAGACUCGCGGCAGCUCAAGGUGCCCAAAAGCUGCGAAGAGAUGCACGAGACCGGGUAUCUGUAUACGGGUGGGAAGGUGGCUCGACUCACGCCGGCCGACUGCCGGAGGCUGGCUUCGACGGUGCAGGGAGGGCAGGGCAGGAGAGUUUCGGGCGACUUGCUAAACAUGCACGUGCAGGGAACGUACCGCGACGCAAUAAAGCCCAUCAGUACAACAGCGCGCCAGCAGGAGCAGGAGGAGCUCCAUGGACAACAUGACGGCAAUGGAGUUUGGCAGGGGGCGAGGCUCUCGCCAGGAGAGUCCGUUUUUGUACAGGUGUUCGAGAAGCUGGAGGGCACCUACAAUGGGGUGUUGGAUGCGCUCGAUGCAGAGGAGCCAUUCGAUGUGGGCAAGCAUUUGAGCGAUCGAGAUUUGGAGCGCAUGGGCGAAAAUAUACGGACAGCGGUCAGUACUGACGUAGGGUGGAGGCAGGAAGGAGAUCUGGAAGAAGGACUGGACAAUGGCGACAUGCGCCAAAGUUUAUUCUUGCCGCACCACAGUGCAUCAUCUUCAUCGCCAACCGCGAGGCGGGGCAGUUCGUAUCGCAACUUUCUGGCCGAGACCUCGAUCUUAGAGCAAAUUGAGGAGAGUGUGUCGGCGAAGGUUCUGGACGAAAAGCAAGAGGCCGGUACGCUAUUUCCGGACAGCGAGGAGGCCCUGCUUUUCACCGGAAAAUGGGAGAAGGUGACUGAAAACACUGGCGCCGACAGCGAUGAACAAGACGAAAGGCACCUCCACCGACCCGGCUCCACCUCUUCGCUUCGGCCUCUGUCGACCGCUUCGCCGGUUUUGGAGAUUCUCGGGCACGAGAUCAGUCACCACGGAUCUGUCACCUACAGUUACGAUCUGCAAGAUCCGGACUUCCUGCUCUCGCACGACCAGCACGCGGCCCUGGCGGCGACGGCGCGCGCCGAGGAACAGGCAAGUCGCUUUCUGCAGAGCACGAGCACCACGGCCGACUCCAAUCUCCCGGGCGCGGAUGCGCUUCGGCCGCGCGACGGGGGGACAGCUAAUAUUCCUCUCAGCCUACAGUUCAAUUUUCUCCCGCCCGUCUCGCCGCGCCCUCCUGCCGAGUCUGCUACUAGUACCGUAGGUGCGUCGUCGUGGUCUACACCUUUGAUGUUACAACCGGGCCACCACGCUAGUACACCAAGAAAUGCGUCAUCUGGGGGCGGCUCCCGUAGUCACAAGACGAAAUUCUCCUCCUGGCGCGCCGUGAAGAAGAGGCAAAUCACGAAGAGGCACACUGACCUGCUUCGCAAGACCCCGCAUGGCGUGCGGCGGGACCGACUCGCGAGUCAGACCAGUGGUCCGACCACACCGGCCUUUGGGACCAGUGGCGGCUCGGUGGCCCAGGAGGAGGCGCAGUGCUUUGUCGUGGACGAGCAAGACGAAGGGAGCCGCCAGCUGCUGAAUGAACCGAUCCUGCAGCAGAUUCUGCAGUUCCAGCCCGGAACUUUUUCUUUAUCUUCCCCGAUCGACCAAUAUUUUGAGGAAAAUGUGAUUCUCGACUCCAGGCCUGAGUACCAGUUGCACCCGGCCGGGCUGCGGUUGAUUAUGUGGCAGCGCUCGCCGAGUGCCCGCCGUGGGGGGACGGCGCUGGUCAUGAGCAUGCGUUUGCUGCGCGCCGUCGCGGAAGGGGGCGGUGGAGCCGGGUCGCCGGCACAGCGCUGGGCGGAGUCGGACUGGAACUACAUGAUUCGCACGCGGGAACGGCAGGCCCAUCCCGUCCUCUCCGGCGCACAGAGCACGGCGCAUUUUCCCGGGUCGCCUCCCUCCGAAAUCACCUCGACCACCCUGUACCGUCGGUUGACCCCUCGGCUCAAAUUUCUGCCCUCGCCGGACGAACGACGGAGGAGGAAGACGCGAAGUUUACUACUUGAUUAUUGAAAGGAAAAAUCCCCCCUCCCCAUAUUGAAAAGGUAUGUCUCCGAAAAUUUGUGUUGCUGAUUUGAGGCCACAAAUCACAUUUGUCGCGCAAGAAGGCGACCCUACUGUCUCCGCCGCACUAUGCGCGCGGUUUGUGAUGCUGCCUGGCCUACAGCAUAGGCAUUUGUGAUGCUAAGCGUCCACGUCAGAAGCUCUGUACUCAGGCACGGCGCAUGCCUUCAGUCCUGCACUGCAAGACAGCCCUGAUUUGUGUACGGAAAUCCAGCAUCAGAAACUUCGUUUUGAUAUGGGGAGGGGGGAUUUUUCCUCACAAUAUUGAUGGCACGCAAGAACGCGGCCAACAGCAGGCCGCAGAGUUGUCCUAUUUUCAGCUCAACGAACUGCUCUCGGUGUACGAGCUGUCGGGCGUCUGGCAGCGCGUGGUGCCAGGCUCCUCGCUCUCUGCGGAGGAACAGCGUGCAAAAGACAACGGCGCGCCACGAAGAGAGGAGCAGAAUCGACGAAAUAACCGUUUUAGUUCCGGUUCGUUUCGCAUAUUUGGCACCCGCAUUGUCCCGCUAAAUCGGGAAUCCGAAGUGCAAAUUGUAGGAGAUGCUGGGCGAGGCGCGGCGAACACGAGGCGCUCAUCUUUCGCGGCAGUCGGCCAGGCGAAGGCUGUGGACAAGCUUCGUGGCGAGGCGUGCGCGCCGCGUAGCAGUUCUUCGAGUACUGGCGGAGCUGUCUUGCAGUUCUUUCCCGUUCUGUCGGAUUCUGCUCUUUCGCAAGCGCCUGCACAGCGUCGAAAUCGACCCGCGGCAGCAGAGCCGCGAACGCGGUACGAAAUUUACCUGACGGCAUCCGAAGACCAAAUUGACCGGGGGCUAGAGGGGGAAAGUGGUGACGUUCAUCUGGGCGAGGAGAGGCAUACGAUCCGGGUGCCUAUUUGGUACUCUCCGAUGACGCCGACCUUCAUGUUUGUGGGAGGGACGCUCUUCAUGCGUGAAACACCGACGCUAAUGCUUGCGUGAACGGGGAAGCAACGACAAAAUGACUAGCAGUUCAAAAAAAUGUGCUGCGCUGAAAAAUGUACUGCGCUCUACGCAGGAAUAAAGAUCCAGCACUCCAGCAGGGAGAUUAUUGCAAAGCGAGAAAAUGAAGAGCGCUAGUACACUGAGAAAUGAAGAGAACACGACUAGCACACUAGAAAAUGAAGUACACUACUAGUACACAAUCUCAAAUGUAUGAUCAGUCACUACACACGACUCAAGCACGAUGAGACUGUGCUAAUUAUACACAAAUAGGCUUUAUUGGUUGAGAGGUUGCAGCACGGGUGCAGAUACGAAAUCGAAACAAUGUGCGCCCGGCUCGUGGAACAAACAAGGCAGACCAAAGCAGGCACGCCGUAUCAAAAUCCUCUCGUUUAUGAUCUGUAGCUUUUAGACAUGAAGAUUAGUUGUGUGACGUCAAAGGAGUCGUGGGCGUUCAUCCUCGAGCCUAUUCGCGGAGUAGGUGACAUCUGCGGAAGCACUUAUCAGCUGUAAUUAACAAAGGCCUCUUAUCCUGAGUAAAAACGUACCCACGCCAGAGUUGUAAUGCAGAUUUGCAAAGACAGCGACAGGAAGACUCGUACUGCGCAUCCCCAUGAGGGCCAUUUCCAGUCGUGUUUUGGAAUUUGUGAUGCUGUGAACAGGAUGAGCAGAUGAAUCUGUGAUGCGGCUGCACUUGCUAACCUGCACUACACUGCAGAGUGCAACUUGUCAUGCGUGACUCACAAAACUCCUAGGAUUGUGUUGCAAAAUCCUCAUCCUGACUCUGGUGUGGGUACGUUUUUCCUCAGGAUACCUCUGCCUCUCCAAGUACACUAGAAAGUUGGGCCCCGUGGUGCCGGUUUCUCGGCGCGAUGCGUUUUCGCAUCGUUGUGAGAACAGACGUUGACGCUCCGUACUACUUACUAAACAGUGAACGCAAGAGACGCGAUGAAGUUAGUAUCACUGUGAUUUCGUUGCCGAUAAGUGAAGGCAUUCGAAGCGGAGCGAUGCACCCACUGCAAGGCGAAUGAUCGCUCGACCAAAGACUGGGGAAGCCUAUACCUAAAGACCCCUGCAUUAUUUUCAAUAAGAAGAAAAAGGGCGCAGGCAAACGGUGAGCGACUUGUGACGCGCCCAGUUUCGAAAACAUCUCCCGACAUACUAGUAUAUGAGUCGAGAUAUUUUAGUCACGAAAACACGACGGCAGUGAAAAUGAAAGCAAGUGACCACAGCCUGCUAAAGACAACGAUAAAAGUCACAGAUAACUUCCUCGAGUUGCAUGAUUUUGAAACAGAGCCACCGAUACUUAUAGAGAAUCAAAACAGAGUGAUUUUCAAGGUGAAAGAGACCACGGACAAGGAAUGGGAAAGGUUCACACGAGAAGUAGCGAAGUUGUUUCGAAAGGUGAACAUAGGAGAUGAGACAGACGAAACAAAAAUAGUCGACUAUUGGACGGAGGGGAUUCUUCGCCGCGAGGACUGGGUGCCGGGGCAGGAGAUCUCGACGAAGAAAGCAGAUGGGCUCUUGAUAAAAAUGCGAAACAUCUUCAAACAGGUCGGGAGACGUACGCUGAAGUUCAAGCAUGAGAAGAAAAGGAAGAAAGACAAGAAGAACAAGGAGGAGCAAAACAUGAACAAGCAAGACGUAGAUGAGAAAAAUCACAACGAAGAGAAGGCCAGCCGAGAAGAAAAGCACGGAGACGAGCAGGAAGACGUAAGCGCAUCCCCCCCAGAGAUAGACUGGGAUGGGAUCAUCAAGAGAAAAGGCAAAAGCAAGUGGAGCACAGGCUUCCCCAAAAUGAUGGUGAAGAGCGACGAAGCGACAGGAGUAAAGUAUCUCAAGAGGGCGACGGGGGUCGAAGCCAAGGACCUGAGCGAGGCCAACAAGGAACUAAAGGCGCGAAAAGUAAACAUACCCCCCCUAGAAGACGAGUGCACGCGGGCGCCGGCGGAGAUAUGCAGGAUAAUAAAGAACUUCUUCAGAGAAAAACCGUUCAAAGUUUACGAAGAAUUUGCAACGCGUCCGAGCUCGAAAGACGAAGUCGCGCAGGCGUGGGGAAAAGCGGAAGCCGACUACAGGACAGCGCAGGCAGAGGCGAAAGAGGAAGGAGGCGCGACGUGGUCGCUCUCAUACCAAGAAGUGGAGGCAGCAAUAAGAAAGUUGGAACCAGGUCGCACGCCCGGUUUUUGCAUGACAACGCAUGAAAUGAUCAGGCAUGCAGGGCCAAAUAUGAGAUGGGCAAUAUUUCAAUGCAUGGCGGCGUAUGUGAAGGACGGAACGUAUCCGAAGAUGGGAAGGCAAAUAUCGAUGGCAGCAGUGCCAAAAGUUUCCGGAGGUUGCUACAUAGAGUCCCUCAUGCGACCGGUGAGCCUUUGCUCCGUUUUCAGCAAGCUCCUAGACAACGUGCUGGACACACAGACGACAGCCCCUCUUCCUAGACGGGUGGAAAUGGGAGGGGGCGACCCUCCUCGGAAGAAGCAAAGCGGUCCAGCCGGAGUUCUCCAACGCGUGCAGGCAGUCACACGGUAAGGAGUUUUCGACGGUCGUCAUCGUAGAUGGCAUUUUCAGGCAGGCGCACUGCUCAGUCAUCCUGAAUGACUGCUGUUCGGGUUUUGAUAUUGUUUGUCAUGUAGAAGCCCUAGGGCAGCUGGAGUAUAAGCUCUGCCCACCACAGCAGCGAGCAUCGGUAGCAGGUUUCCUGAAAAUGAGGAAGAUAAAGCUACCAGGAGGAAAAGAGUACAGCCUGUGGGUCGGCAAGCCGCAAGGAUCACCGUUGAGCGGCUCGGUGUGGAACGGAUACACAAUAGAAUUAAUAGUAGACCUAGUUGCCCUAGACGUUGUGAAGGCGCUGAGUGCGUACAGCGACGACAUCACCGCAGUAGUGGUCGAGAAAGACGAGUCCGAGAACAUCCCCGAGAAGAUGCGACAGCUAGGCCUGAAAAGAAAAAUCUUCUUCGACGCGAACAAGCACAAGCGGAUCACAUUCAACGCGAAGCGGCCACCAGCUAAGUCAUGCACAGGGGUGGGGAAGUCUCUCGGCGUCACGUACGACGGGACAUACUCCUUCACCUCGCAAGCGGAUCAAGUCCUGAAAAAAGUAGGAAAAGAGUUUGCAUUUUUGCAAACAGAAAAAGGAUGGAGCAAAAAACAGAACAAGAUGCUCAUCGAAUCUUUUGCAUACCCAGCAGUGACCUCAGUCUCAGUAGUAACAUUUCCAUACUUCACGCAGACAGCGAAGAAAGAAAUCGCAAAAGAGUUCUCGACGAAAAUAAAACAACGACUAGGCAUUCCGAGGCACUGCAGCAAUUCGGUCAUGUAUAACGCCACAGGGCUGCCGCACCCAGUAGACAGUCUGCUAGUUGAAGCAUUAAUGACUUUCUACAAGGGGGCCGCGCUCAGUAUCUGGCCCUUCCACCAGGAGGAGGAAGAGGUGCCAGAUUUCAGGCCAAGCAAAGAACUAGAGCGAGCAGCAGGCUCGCAACCCCAUCCCCCCACACAGGUACAAGCCCCGCCGGAGGAGGCCGCGCAGCCGGCGGCAGCUGUCUCGCACGGCGAAUCGCAGGCAAGCGCGGACAUCCCCCCCCCCCGACGACAUCCCGGGCGACGAUGCAGUUGCUGCUCUGCGUGACCCAGUUGCAGCGACAGUAAUAAGAGACAAUCCCCUAUGGGCCCACUGCGACGAAGCAUGGACAAGCAGAAUGAACCGAAUAGCACUAAGCCAAGAAUUCCAACCCAUAGCAGCAAGCGCCGCCAAUCUGCAAGUAGGGCGGCAGUUCUGGCGCGGCGUGAACAGGAUCCAAGUCUUCCCAAUGAGCAAAAUAGCGAGCAGGUUCCGUCUACGUGAUCCCGCGGACAUCAAGAAGCACAAAAUGAAGAACAACACGAGGCGCAUGAUCUCGCGCCUGAUAGAGAAGGAGGCCAGGCGGCACCUUACGCACGCGGACACGAUGGCGACUUUCACGGACGGAGGAGCAAAAGGCGAGCGGGGAAGUGGCGGGGGAGCAACAUGGCACAAAGUCCUCCCGUCGGCGCCGAAGCCUGCGCCAGUAGUAGCCAGCUUCUGCGGAGUAGAAGCAAAAAUCCACUACGAACUAGAAAUCAACCCGGACUCCUUCGACGGCGAGUGCUUCGGCUUGAAGCAUCAGAUUAAUGAAAUACUAGAGAAAAUACCUGCAGCAGUACUGAAAUCCAUCAAGCGGCACGUCUUCUACAUUGACUCCAGCGGGCUGGUGAUGGCGAUAGAAGCACUGCGGGACAAAUCCAAUGUCAUGGUGAUUGACAUUGUGCGAGCACUUGAAAGACUAGAAGAGGCAUCAGCGCCAGGAGUUGAAAUUAUUUUCAACUGGUGCCCGUCGCACCUAGGGUGCUACUUCAACGACUUUGCAGAUGCGAUGGCAACAAGAGGCCUGAAGUACGUAGGAGACUCGUCGCAGGGACGUAAAACCUUUGAAAAAGUCAUAACCGAGAAGCUGCUAAGAAGGAUGAUCAGUCAGAUCGUCUACAGCUGCCCCAGAGGCUAUAGCAGCACCCACCCCGCCUUACUACGCAGGUCCGAAAAGCUCGGACAGUACCAAAGCGACGAAAAGCGCCCUCGCUUCAUCGACAACGUCAUGGCUCUAGUUUGGCUAGGGGUGGGAAAUCAGGGGCAGCUAGGAAUGGGCAAGACAGUUCAUGACGCUAAAAAACCCGAAGCAAGUUAUAUGCAGUGUCCUAUCUGCAAGAAAAAAGCGACCCCGACUACAGAUCGCGCACUGUUUGAGUGUGAAGACGUGCAACUAGUGCAAUUGCGCAAAGAGUGUCUAGGCUGGCCACGACAGAUGUCGUGCGAAAAUCGCAGAAGUUACCUACAGGAGCGGAAAAACGUGAAGAACAUUCUGAACUACUACGAAGCGGCAUCGCAAAAACACGCGGGAAUUCUUCCCACGGGGCUAGCCAACGCGAUCCGGGCCGGGCAAGAGAAAUUCAACGCGGCGGAGUUCCAAGACCUGCAGGAGUGGCAACCGGAAAAAGCACAGACGAAAGUGCACGAGCGAGACCUAGAAAAAAUUGCGAAGUGGAUCGGCGACCUGUAGCGCGACGGCGACAGCUGCAUGAGAAACAGCAGAAAAAGCGGCACGGCGCAGCUUCUUCCCUUCCUGUUGAUUGGCGCGGCGCCAAUCAACGGACGAAAAAACCACAGCCCCGACCACCCCCAGAGCCUGUCUUCUACGGCGCAAUUUUGCCACCGAACCAAACCGCAGGGCAGUACCACGAGGCGAAGCAGAAAUCCCCACCCUCCCCCCCACAGUCUGGCCAUGGCGGUAAGAGAUACCCCAGGCGGUAGGGCAAGUGUGGGGCGUUAGUGCGGGAGGAGCGGAACCACACACAGUGCGUCCCCUGGGCUCUCCGGAGCCGGAAGUCAGGCAACGUGGGUGCGCCAAGUGGGAGGUGGGGAGGCCGAGCAGCCAGACGGAGACAAAGAAGCGUGAGAUGAUGUUGAGGCGCGUGUUGAGGUGCUAACAUAGCUAAAGGCACCAAGCUGCAGUGCAUAGUUAAACAGAACAAGUAGCGCAAAAAGCUGUCCCUACUGAGCUCGAUCGCGAGUUCAAGGCGCGGAGGGCAUCAGAGGAGAGCAGUAUACUAAACAGCGGCUGUUUGGGACCGGCGCGGUGGAUGAUCAUUUUCGUCCCAUUUUCUGCCGGAUUUCUUUAGUUUAAGAUCCGUCGACGGCCGCCUCUGUUUGGUCGUCGAUCGAUCCCUUGGAAGGACCUAAAUUUUCACAAUUUUGAAAAUUUUCAAACAAAAAGUCAUCCUUUUUGUGUUCCGAAGUCGUCGCUUCCGCCCCUGUUAAGGUUUUGGCGGUCAGUGUGUUCCGCAAAUGCAGCAGUCGCGGUCGUUAAGUAUUAUAAUGCGUUUUCGAAGUAAAAUAGAUAGGAUUUGUGAUGCAGAAUCUGUCGAUCCGCAUCACAAUAUGGACUCGACAGCGACGGCAUGGCCGUCCGCACUUUUUCGUGCUAGUGUUCUCCCCCAUGCUAUGCCGAUGAUGAUGCUUGUGUUCGUCCGCGCAUCUCCUAGCUAUUUCGAGGUCGUAUCGUCGUGUUUUCUUCGUGUGUGUUCAACGCCGACAUCGGGGACCGCUAGCAGCGACCACCGAGUGUGCAAGCCGGGCGCCCCGGAUUGGAUUGUAUCAAAAAAAAAAUGGAGACAACUAUCGAUAACUAAACUAGACAACCCAAGAGGUGACGUGCAUGCGAAACAGGUGGUACUAAGUGCAUCGCGUUCUCCAUGCAUCUCGUGACUCGAUUGCGACAUUAUAUUUAAACAAGAAAAAGCAAAGUGAUUAGUACUGCCAGCUCCGCAACCUUUUUGGAGCACGUGGUCGCAAUAGUUGGGUCGCAUGUCAAAAAAAAUGUUGUUGUCAUGCGCUUUUGCAUGUUGUCUAAGUCUUUUCGAUAGUCGUCUCAUGAUUAACCACGGGCAUAAAGCGGCCGCACCGAAAGCCGUCGUUUCCAGAAGAUCGUCUUGAACUACACCCGAUCGCGUCGUACUGCAUCCAGGAACAGCCAUCGGAGUCGUUGCGGAGCCGGCGAUGCAUAACGGAGACGCAGGUAUGGUCAUCGGAAUCGGAGGAACAUAUCGACGAAAAGUAUGAUACUAAUGAUUGAAAGCUAGCUACACACGAAGUAGCUUCGCUGCUUCGUAUAUUCUUUUUGGUCUGUAGUUGCAAAGUGUUUAGGUCAAAUGCAAAUAGAAAACUGCCAUCUUGCCUCCGAAAAAAGUAAUGCGAUUUUAGUGCACCACGUGAUGAGAAAGCGUACGACUUCCCUACUAAGCUCGGACGCAUCAAGCGUCUAGGCAAGUGGGAUACCCACGAACUGACAAUAUAAGUCUGAUGCUUUUUUCCUUCUUUCACAAAACCAAAGCAGGACGACCGCCGCUACGACGAAUGUCUUCGUGUCGCAUCUAUCGCAGUCAAAACGCGGGCGAAGGCCUUGAGAAGAGUGUUUUGCACGUGGUCGUGUGCAACAGUAGCUGAUGAGAAAGAAAAUGCAAAGUCGAAUUGUAAGUUUUUGCCCGAGUGUAAGUGUUUAGCAGCGUCAAUCUGACUACCCUGGGAAGCAUUCAUCUUAGAUGUACAAGCACCGCCAAGGAUGAGAAAUCUAAUGAAUGCGAAGGCGAACUCGAAGUAGUUCGGGACCGCUGCCGAAAACAGCAAAAAUCCGGAUGAAACUCUGAGGCGUUUUUUCCAUCGAAGUGUUCUUACUUUUCUGUUUUCGUGUCGCAAGAGCGGGCGUGUACAUCGAGUGAAAAGGGUCGAGCAUUAGGUCGGUGCUUUUUUUUGCUUUUGUUUUUGCUUAUGUACUAGUUUAUAGCUCAAACAAGCGUACUACCGUUCGCAUUUGUUGCAUUUGCAGGAAGAAGAGCGGAAAGUCACUUCUGCGAGGGAAUGAGUACGUUUUUCAACGCACUUCGUGCGAUAAUACUAACGGGGAAGAUGAGAGUGUUUUUCGUGUAGGUUUCGAGCAGAUAAAGCAGUACAAGAGCGAAGGAGCGGAUGGACAAUGGAAGAAGAAGUCGAGACGCAACGCAGGAGAAGAUGCGAAGCACAAUAUUUUCUAAAAUACUAGCAGCUUCCCCCCUGGUUGUAACAUCAACAUACCGCCGCGGUUUGUUGAUCUAACAUCUGCGUCGUAGUAUCCCCGCAGGUUUUACAAGAUGAAAAAGCAGAAUAAGCGGAAACCUGCGGAGACGGACCUGGUGGUAGCAGAGGAAGUACCUGCUCCACCUCCUGGGCCGCGAGAAAACAAUCCGGUGAUCGACUUCUUCUACGGGUUAGGAGAAGUGCCUGCUCGCGCCGCGUGGAGGUUGAAUAGUUUGCUGUGCCGAAACGCGAAAAGCACAUCAUCGACGUACUUCAACGACAUCAAGUACGAGGUCGUCGAUGUAAAAUGCGAAAUGGACGGAUCGACGACCCAACAACUAUUCUGGUCCGGGUCGACAGUGGGCAGGCUGCGAAUAUUUGCGCACAUCAUGUUCAUGUUUUGCACGGUGUACUUCAUCAUCGGGGGGUACGACAGUAUCGGCACCGUGUGCAUUCCGGCACAUGCAGUAUUGUACCCGAAUAGCAGCAAGUAUCCAAAUGAAAAAACUCGAUGCUGAUUGGUGUGAUCAUUUUCAUUCUAUUUGCAUGACAAAUCUCAAAACGUCCGCAGAUGAUAGUCAACAUCACCUGAUGAUAAUAAAUACCAGCUGCCUCGCAGCUGAUCUGUAAUGCAGAACUUGUGAUGCAGAAGCACUAAUCUUUCGAGUCACGUCAAGCAUCGAGUUUGGUUGUGAUAUUUUUUUUGACCGUGCCAAGCUGGGCGAGAAGAACGCAUCCUGUUUUCGGGGCUUCAGUGAAGCGUGGGAGGUGGCUGAGCAGCUGCUCAGCUACAUCCGACCGGAGGAGUGGUAUAAAAAUCUACACCCGGCGACCGUCAAAAUUUUUAGUCCCUCGACUGAUAGUGGCGGAUCCACAAUCAACAGUUUUUUUUAUGUGGGCGCCGUAUUCCUGUCCAACUCCUGGCUGCGGAGCAACGUGAUCCUGUGGCCGACUCGGUGCCUCGCGCACCAAGUCGCCAUCACCGGCCGCAGCAGUGUCGAGCUGUAUCUGGGAUUGUGUGGACUCGACAAAACGCGAUGGCAACGGAGGGUGUAUCUGCAGGUAUGAAAAUUUUUGUCAUGCAAAGGGUGAUGCUGUGAAGAUGUGGAUAGUAUGCAAAAUAAAUUUAUUAUUUAUUUCUUACAGGGGAUGAGCAUCAAGCUGAUGCAGGAUCGGGUGCAUGCAAAGCUGGCAGAGAUGAAAGUGCACAUCUCGCAGGCGUCUAGCGAAACCUUCAACCCAGCACCGCAGCCGGAGUUCGUCGACUUCGUAAACCGGAUCCCGAUUCCAAUCAAGAAGAAAGAAUUCUUCUUGAAAUGCAACGUAAAAUGCACCAACCUGAUGGCGCCCCACGCCGCACGGGAACAGGCUAUGCAGGCGGUACAUAAAUUGUACAAAGGAACCAGAUUGCCCGUCUGGACCAGAUGGCUAACUGUGUCCAUCGCACUGGCACAGUACGCGGCGAUGUGUGCAUUUUGUUUGCCGCUGAUUCUCAUCGGGCUGGGGUCGACGAUAAAGUUCGGAGAUGAACAAUACUUGUCCCACGAAUUCCAGCUUAACAUGAGCGGAAGCACAAGUUUUUUUUUUUGAUAUUUUGUUGUGAUUCAAGAUAUGACGCAGAAAGAGCACGCGUGGCUCUUCGUUCUAGAUUUUGCAAUGCAAGUGUCAUGCUAAAGCAACCACAUGCAUUACAGAGUCGUCGCUUCCAGAAUGCAUUACAAAUUUCCAAAUCUGAAAACACGACCCAGAUAUGCAGUUCAUCUACAACAUUAGCAUCUGGAUGGCGAUGAUUAUCCUGAACCCGUCGGACAACUACUGCCGCGAACUUUUGAAGUCGAGCGACCGAGACGAAUCGCAGAAACUGUGGCGGACGUUUUUGCAGGAGGUAAGCGACGCAGUAAAAUACCUCGGGAACCGGGAGGCAGUUUUGUCUGACAUGAAGUUCUUGUUUUGCCGGGUCGGGCAGCCGGACGUGCAAUUUUCCGCAGCGCAGGAGGCCUUGGUAUCGACGUUGAAGAUUGCUUGACUAAUGCAAACCUGUUUUCGCAUGACAAAUUUCCAACAUCAUCAUCAAAUGCAUGACAAAUUCUUUACAGAUCGACUUUCACCGCGUUGCGGCGCAGUUGGGAUUGUACUUCUCGAUUACAUCAAUGCGGUGCCGCGAGUUUUCAACCAACAAACACGACUCCUGGCUCGUCAAGUACAUGUUCAAAGACCGCUCCAAGUGCAUCGAAGAAUUGGAAAACUGGCAGGACGGAAACUACGAGCAGGGGGAUCCGGGAACGAUGGCACUGGAAAGCCUCGCGGCGUGGUACAAGGCGCAGCCGCCGAAGCAGCGGAAGAGUCGUCUGCAUUCGGCGUGCUGCUAUUUGUACCGGCGGAACCGGCUGACGAAGAACGUGGAGAGGAAAAUCGGCCGGUGCAAGCGGGUAUCGCGGGAAGUCCGCCACGGUUUGAAAAGCACACCAGGGGCCGACACGGCCUGCAACAGGACGGACUGGCAGAAUUGCAGGGAUUCUGCUGUGGACGAAGCAAAGCGGUUCGACACCACACCCGCAGACGAUGACACGCAGGCCCGCGCACCUGCGGCGAAGAAGCGCACCUACCACGUUCCGCGCGCAAUCGACAUGAAACGGAGUCACCAGUGCAAGACGGUGGAAAAGCAGGAAGGAAAGCAUGGAUCGCUGAAGACAACGCACCUGCUGAACAGUUGGGGCAGUGCUGCGGAGCAGACGAAGUACGAAGCGAUGGCGCAGCUGCAGAACAAAAAAGAAGUCAAAGCAGGACCCAAGUUCGAGUCGGAAAGCGAAAGCGAGGAUGAGUGGCCGGAUCGCGCGGAGCCGGUGGCGCUGGCGGAGCGUGGUUGCUACCUCGCGGUGGAAGACGCAGUGUGUAGUGAGUUUGUCACUGACAAGAACGAUUACCGGAAGCUGUUGCCAAUCUCCACCUCCCGGGUCCUGCAGCCACUGCAGAACGAAUCUCCGCCGGAAAUACGCGUCAAAGCGCGGAAGGUGCCACUGGUCGCGGCGAUAUUGGAUAAGUACGUGCGGGCGAAGAGCAAGACGCUGAAAGAGAAGUGCAGCACGGAUACAAAAGAAACGAAGAAUGGUAUCACAGUGAAGAACUACUAGCUUUUCAAAAAGAAUGCGAGCUUGUUUCGCUUGACCCACAAUUUGUAAUGCAACACUUGCGCAUGACAAGUUCUUUUUUGCAAGAAAAAGCGUGUUUUUUCUGUGAUACCUUCUUCAUAUGUGGAGCAAUUGCAGCUGCACCACCUGCAGGACGACGAAAGCUUGGAAGAUAACCUGCCGGAGCCGGAACCAGAAGCGGAGAUCAUCGACGGAGAUUUGAAGGUUGCUGCCGCGGUGGAAAAGUUGGCUUCCGACUUGAAAAAGCUGCUGACAAACGUCUUGAUCACGAAGCUGCGGCACAAGGAGACGAACGAACUGCACGACUUCAUGAUCCUGGAGAUCAUGUGCGGUCCGGCGCAUUUCAAGGCGAUACAGCUGCAGAAGCUGCCUGCUGGAAAAGACGAAGUGCAGGGCGUUUUUGACGAGAAAUUCGCGCCAACCUGCGUGAUGGUUUACUCCGACUGCGACGUGGAUUACGACCUUGGGGAGGCGCACAGCUUCUUCACGAUGAAGCUACUACCGGACGCAAAGAUGGCGCUUCCGUGCGUGUGUCGCGGAGAGCAGGUCACGAUUAACCUGGAUAAGACGGUGAAAGUGAAGCCGCAACCCGACAAGACCAUCUCCGAGGACGCGAUCAAGCAGAUGUCAUUGAUGGAGAGAUACGCUCUCAAUGAUAACGUUCAGCGGACGAUGCGGCCGGUGGCACUGCGUAUUGUAUCGGUGGAAACGUAACCAAGCAGCUUCGUGGUCGGUUGCUGGAGAAAUACGACCAGAACGAGCGACUGGUGUUGCGGUUGGUGCUGUGGAUAAAAAAGCACUGCUCCGCAGCCGAAGCUGCGACUGAAAUACAAGCAUUUUGUCAUGCAAAAAGCAUGCAUAUGUGACGUUUCUCCGAACAGACCGGGUGCUUGGUUACGUUUGCAGCGUGGAUAAGCUGCUGACCCGCAAGUACAGGACAAAAUCUACGUGGUGAAGGAGAAGCAGAGCGUCGUGGUGCGGCUGCACCGCGAAGUGGAUGAAGAUGCCGCAUUGGCUGCUGACGACCUUAUUCCGGAGCUCUCUUCGCAGAGCAAGCAGAAGGAUACCCAAACGCAGCAGACGUCUCUGGAUUCCCAAGUGUCGCAGAAGGCGACUGUGCAGAUCGAUGGACGGGAGUACAAGGAGUUCGUUUGGCAGAAGAAGAUCGUCGCAUCCCGGAUGCAUCCGCUGCGAAUUUCCGGCUUCAAGGUCAGCGAAAAUACCAGCAAGUCCGACAACCGCGGGAAAGCCAAGGACAGCUUGCGUUUCAAGGUGGAAUGCAUCCACGGAACGAUGAAAAAGCAGAUCGUGGACUGCUAUUCGUCGCGGUGCUUGAAUAUGAAGACCGGGGCAACGAAAAACGCCGUGAAGUACAUGCGGCAUGGCGAGCACAGCGACCACUUCUUCGUUCACCGAGUUGAUGCUAAACGUGUGGAGUUGCCGUGCGCGCUUCAUAGCACCACGAGCCGUCCUCCACAACAAAGAUCCCACCGCUUUUCCUGGCCAACACCACGUGGAUGCGCUGAAGCUGCAGUACGACGAGGCGAUGAGCGAGAUUCUGGAGUACGCGAAGCAGGUGGUAACCGUGAACGGGAAGAAGUGGGUGGAGAUCGAAGCUGAAGCGACAAUCGGCGACGGUGAAUUGAAGUGCUUGGGCCCUGCGUUUGUCGCGCCGCAUUACCACGAUUUUCCGGCAGCGGAGGACGCGUUGGAUGGUGAUGAGUUGCCCGUGCUGCUGGAGAAGAAGAAGCGAAAGAAGAAGAACGGAAAGCUGCCUGCUAUUGCGGAAGAACCAGAGCCGGAAUCCGCAGAGAACCUGUUGCGGAAAAUGGGCACCGCGUAACGGGCGGAUCGACGACAAGAACACAACGAUUUGGAAGGACCAGGGGGGAACGCAACUCGUUCUCCAGCAGCAGCCGGCAGCUUCAGAAAAUAAGCACUCAUUUUCUCUCUUUUAAGACUCUUCUGUAGAAAGCGUGAUCAUUUGGUAGUCAAAAUAUUAAGAAAAUAUUAAGAAAAUCUUAUGUAGAAAAACAUAAAUUAUUUUGUCCAUUCGAGAAAAUAAUGAGACCUCUAUAACCGUGAUCGUAGCAUCGUGGAACGUACAAAAUAAUGGACAUACGUUUUUGAAAAUAAUGAGAUAGUAAUUGCCUCAAUAAUUCUACUCAAAAUCUUGCUCUCCUUCUUAAGUUUUCGCGAGUCGUUCUAGUUGAAGUAUUCUUAAUAAAAUGAACAGCUUUCUUCUUGUAAAAUCUAGAUUUUCACGUUCCCAACUUCAAUCAUCUGUAGCCGGAAUCGACGAGAAGGUGACCAGGAUCGACUUGGCAUGACCUCCGCCAUGUAGAGCAGCCUGGAUCUGAUGCGUUCAUGAGCUUGUCAUGCUGGCAGCUUUGUACUUCAAGAAGGCGACCUUCUGGAUUUGUAAUGCAGCGUUCCUGAGUUUGUAUUGCCAAGGAGAUCCUGCAGAUGCAUACCGAAGACCGCGAUGAACUCCAUGGCCACGUCCGCGUCGACCUGCACGACCAUGGUGUCUACUUGGUGGGCUGCACGAUCUUCGUCACCUUCUCGAUCGACUCCUCCAAUAGUACCUGAUAGAAUGUAGGAUAGAAUAACAAAUAGUAGAAGCACGCUUUACAGUAGUAGGCUUCGCAGUAGUAGACGUCCACUAACAGAGGUAUAAAAGCGACGCGAUGUAGUACAUGAAAGUGAAGAAAUAGUAAUAGAAUACAUGAAGAAAAGUAACACAUCUUGCAUGGCAUGGGAAAGCAUUGAGUUGAAGCUUGGAAAAGGGAUAGAUGAACACAGCAUAGCAAACAUAGUGGAAAAGUAACAAAAAAGCACGCGAAAAUCUUGUACAGUUUCAGUGUAUAACUUUGCUGCAUACUUCGCAUCAGUUGCGCGUCAUAUUUACAGUACAAAACCAGAAAAGAAAGUAGUAGUACCUAUUUGCCAGCGUGCUUGAGCUCGUUUUCACAUCUUCUGCACCGUGUUCGCGUCGAAGGUCUUGAUGAAUAGAAGUUCGCUGAAGUGUAUUUUUCGCACAUGAUGAUUGAAAAGUGAUCACGGAUCCAGUUUCGUACUACAGAUUUGAAAUAUAGUAGAAGUACUUCUUUGUUUCUCAGCGAAUUGAUAUCGCUGCACACACAGAGUCGGUUCUUUCUUUCUCUUUUUUUUCAGAGCGAGGUAGCUGCUGAUUUGAAUUCUUUGAACGUCCUUUUCAAUAAAAAACCGUAGCCGAUUAUUAUGAACAGCCAAUCCAGCCUUCGCAGUACUCCUACAUCAGAGCGCUCUAGCACUUAUCACACUUUGGGACUUCUGAGCGCUACACUGUGGGCUGGUGAGGCUUUAGCAGCAGAGAGUAUUCUUGAUCGUGAGUCUAGUUCUGAGGAAUCUGAGCCACUCAUGCCACCGCGCCUUACACGACAUGAUACUGAGCAGGUGGCUCAGGCCGUCGCAGAGUCGACGCGCAUGACAGUAAAGAUGGGUUUUCGUUUUGUUAGAUACUUAGAUGGAAAAGAUGCGAUGCUUUUGAAAACCAGAGUUCCUGAUGAACCGGUAUAAUGAAUGUUUUCAUCAUGCAAAAUGAGAAACAGAUGCAAUGCUACUUCAAUUUCAAAUUCAAAAAAAAAAAACAUCACAGAACUCGGCGUCGAUUUUCGAAGCUUUGAAGCAACUUGUGCGUGAUCAGAAUUAUACGCGUACAAAAAUUAACGCGAGAAUCGCGGCCCUGGGACGUAAGUCCCAGGCAGAAAUUCAAAGACUUCCUUUGAGUCAUGAGCGACUGAUUGCGAAAGCAAUCAAACGGGUGCCGACAUUUAUUCGUGAAGUUUUGCUGCUGACCCGUUUUGAUCGUAUUUUGUAUGAUAGUAAAUUGUGGGAAUUCUGUGAUGUAUUCGUGCACUUUGUGUCUAGUUCUGCAUGACAAACUUGCAAUUCUAGAAAGAGUCAUCUUGAAUCAUCUGCGCAUCAACUAUUUUGAUGUCGCGACGCAUGACAAAGCAGCUCAGGAACACUUGACAACUAGGCCUCAACAUACAAAACAGGAAUUCCCACCUUGCAUCACCAUAACCGCGCGACGUUCCGCGACUCCGACAAGACCGUUUUGAGAGGCUGCGCUGAUGAAUCCGUGCAGGCGCUCCUGGUACUAAAAUAUUUCAACAUGUUCACUUGCAUCUUGUCUUGCGUAGAUUCAAAAAACUGGCUUUGUCGCCAAGGUACAUACGACACUGCAUGACAAAUAAGAACUUUGUGCCAAUUUCCUAGCAGCAUGUCAAGAAAGGGAUUUUGUGUGAUCAGAAAAGCAAGAUCAUGUUGAAAUUGCAUAAAAACUUCUUUCAGGAACACCUGAUGAGCCGCGCGUUGAGUCUCAGCGACGAGUCCACCGCCUUGUCCGCCUUGUACGUGUUCGAUUGGUGCGCUGAAUUCUGCAGCGACAACUGGUUGGCCUGGUGCGAAGUCGGAGCCAUCGACUGUCUCGACCAGGGUAUCGUGAACGCGGCGAGGUCCAAUGUGAACACCAAGAUCCGUACGUUGCAGGGAGUGGCAGAGUGGUAUUUUUGUACUUCAUGUGAGCAUCAAGUCUAGUAGUGAUACAUGUGUUUUUCAUCGAUGAUGCAACUAUUGCGCUUUCUAUCUUGGACUCGUGUAAUAUUGAAAAAAAUACUAAUACCAGGGCCGAGAACCGCGGUCGUUUCUUCAUCGGACCUACCACGCACAUGCCCGACUUGAAGGCCAACUUGAAGCUGGUGAUCCGCGCCUGCCGCGAGAAGAAGGUCCAGAAGCUCCAAUUGAAGAUGCGUGACGUCAUCGCCCUCAACCAGACCGAAACGCCCCAACAUAAAUUUUGGAUGAAACUCGAAACGGUAUGUCAUACAUAGCACCGUUCUGAACUUGCAUAAGCAAUCACUUUCGCAUGACACAGUGAGGCUUUCAUGAAAGAAAAUCCCUCUACUUGCAUUUGAAAUUACGUACAGAUUGUGAAUACCGCUGCGACGGUGGAAAUGUUGGAGGAGGGCUUGGUCAAGGUGGUGAACCACAUGAACGACCCGAUGCUCAUGUCGAUCGACAGCGCGUACGUGUUCAAGCUGCUGGAUGCCCAUGAGUGCGGUGAACUCUUCAUCUGGAAGGUGUACAACAAGGCCCACGGGAUGGUCGAAGUGACACUGUUUCAGCUGGUACGUAUCUGUUUUGUACAUCAGUGUUGAGUCGGUUCAGUUUCACACAUUAACGUAAAAAAUACAACAUCACGUGGCACAACGUCAUAUUUCGGCUUUCGGUUUACUUCGGUUUGAUGUGCAUAGCAUGUAGUGGAAAGAAAAGUCUGAAAUUAAAUUAAUACCAUCAUCACUACAGCGUCGUGAUGACAUGCGCGACUUCAUGCAGAACUUGAUCGACGCCGUCGGAUCCCUGGACGACAUGCCGCACCCCUGCAUCUCCAGCUUGGAUCGCCUGCGUCAGUCCAUCCAUGAGAACGACCUGGAGGCCUUUGCCAAGUUACCCGCCCGGAUCACCAUCGAUCUGGUCGGGGAGGUGCGCUCCAUGAUCCUCAAGCUAGAUGAAGAACGGAUUGUCAUGGACGUGAAGCGGAUGCUGAACAUUUUGUCGAAGAUGAAGAUGAUGUUCGAACAGACGCAGGAUGCCGGCGGGAACCACAACGUGGCCCUCCGCGACGAGGUCCACGCUGCGUUGGCCGAGUACAACAACUUGUCCGUCCGCAACCAGUUUCGUCCGUUGAUCCUCGCCUGCAACAUCGUCCACUCCGAGUACCAGAUCAACCUCGAGACGGGCGAGCAGAAGGCCCGGCAGGUCGCUGCCCACUUGGACUAUGUAGUGCAAUUCGAUGUUUCCAUCACGCUAUCGUCUUCGGUUCUAUGCAUAACAAUGUCAUGUAAAAACAACACUGGCACAAGUUCGAGUCUCGCAUGUUGAUUCUAUGUUAGCUGGAAAUAAUGCUGAUCUUGAAGUGAAAAAGCGUGACAAAGAGACGAAGUAGUGUGAUGGAAACAAUGCUUUCGCUUCCAUAUCGCCGUGUGCCGGAACAAAGUGUUUUUGUCCUACAACGAGGUCGAGGUCGCCUUCCAGGAGAUGAUGUCCGCGUUCCGCGUGUACACCCUGUUGCCGGCGCAGGCCGCGAUCACCACGGCGAUUAUCGGAAGUAUGAUUUUGCUUUUUGUUUUCUAGAUCGGUUGCGAGAAAGAGUUGUGAAGAGGGAGAGGAAGUGAAGAAAGAACAGUAUGAAAAACCCAAACGCGAAUCUUCAUGCCUAGUUGCACUUCAUGCAAGAAAACUUCAUCACAGACAUGCAGAUAUGUUCUUCACUACACAAAAACAGCUAUCAGGUGACUUUGAUGCUGCCAGCUUGGCGUUCGAAAACUCGGAUGAAGUCUGGGAAUUAGCGUGUGGGGAAGGUCGUAACAGUCUGUACCGCCAGAUUACCAGGAAAUGGCCGAAUGGCAAUCCCGCCGACGGGGAUCAGGCCAUGCCGCUGCAGAUGCGACCGGACAUGUACGUGCAGAGGCGCAGGGUGUCUAUGGACUUGGGCGAUGACUUGGACGCCGCGAAUGCCGCGCCGCAGCCGAUCGAGGAUGCCAACAACGACAAUGUGAACAACAAUGAGGCCAGCAACGGCAUCGAAGACGAGGAGGAUGACCUGUUGGCCGAUGACUAAUCGGCUUUGUAAAAAAGCGAAGGCUAUUGUGCUACAUUUAUUAGUGUUUUAUUAGUAACAUCUAGUGAUCACGAAGUAAGUGUUGUACAGUAGUUUUUACUUUUUGUUCAUGUAGAGAGCUGGCAGAAAAGCACUCUCUCUUGAACGUAUGCUCUGUAAAAGGGCAAAUAGGAUUUGCGUUCUCCGCGCAGCGAUGCAAAGAUAGUGUACCUGGAGCAUAAUUUCGAGGUCGCAUCAUUCGAGAAAAUAAAUCUGCGUGGGUUUUCCCAAAAGACGUGAGGGUGUAUCUGUUAGCCGUCUAUACAAAAGUUUCUGUUUCGAGAAACCCACCAGAUUAUGCGACUAUUCGAAAACAAACAAUUUAUUUGUCGAUGAAAGUAAAGGACCUGUGCAAAUCCUUCUUUUUGAGACCACAGAGUAAAAGUGAAAAUAAAAAAAGAACGUGCACCGCAACAGCUUUUUCAAAAUGCAAGCCUCGAUGUUCUUUCCACAAAUGCAAUAUCGAAUUGAUCACCUUUCUCUUUCUCACAUGUGAAGAAUGCAAAUGUAACAAUCGCGACGCUGUUAUUGAUUACAAAUGCAAAAGAGUGUCGUAUUAUGUCUUUCGGUUUGUGGCAAUUGAUAUUGUGAAAAGUCUUCACUUACAACACCAGCGACACAUGAGAAAGAGAGAAUUAUGCGGUGAGUAUGUUUAUUGAUUCAUAACAAAGACCGCACUUGAUGAGAAAGCAUUAGCUUAAGUUCAUACUAGUUACAACACCACCUCUUCCGCAGGUGGUGAAUGAGUGAGAGAUUCUGCUGCGCUGUCUCGCGCGGCAGCUACUUGGAGCCGCGGUUCGACUGCUGCUCUGGGCCACUUGGAGUUGUGGUUCGACGGCAGCCGCUACUUGGGAGCGGGUGCGGGUGGAGGCAGCGUGGACGGUUGAAGCCGUCUUACCGCCGUCCGAUGCCGUGGACGCGCAAUCGUCCAAUGCCGGGUGGAGGCAGCGUGGAUGCCGGGUGCCAUCGAUGCACCCGACGGUGGACUCUGCAGAUACGGACGAGCAGCUGCGAGUGCGGGUGGAGGAGCAGCUGCGAGCGCGAGUGGAAAGGCAGCUGCGAUGGAGAACGGGUGGACCACCAGCUGCGAUGGGUGGACGAGCCACCACUGCGCGUGACGCAGCUGACGGUGGUCACGGCAGCUGCGAGUGACGCCGUGGACGGGUGGAGGAGCUGCUGCGUUGCUCAGUGGAAGGUGGAUACGGCAGCAGCUGCUGGCGCGAAUCGAGGAGCAGCUGCGAGUGCGGGUGGCACUGCGAGUGCGGGCUUUCCCGCGAGUGCGGGUGGAGGAGCAGCUGCGACGGAGGACGAGUGGACGACCAGCUGCGCCGGCGAGAGGAGCAGCUGCGCGUGACGGAGCGGACGGUGGACACGGAAAGCAGAAAGGAGAAGCUGCGGUGGAAGCGGAAAUUUGGACUACGGGCAUUGGAGCCAGCGCGUCGAAGGAGCGGACAGCGGUUGUUUGAUUCGAUCAAACCUGAUGGAAAUCGCAUGGGACGCCGCGAAUAUCCAAAAAAAAGAGCUAUGGCCAAAUCAAUAAGCGGUGGUGAAGGUCAUGUCAAAGUCCCAUCGUGGAAUACUUCUUCAACUCAGGCAAAAAAAACGAUUGCCUUGUAUCUAUGUCGCGUUUUGUAUGUACCACAUCGAUUUCAAAAAAACCCCGCUUCGCAUGUUCCGGAUUCAAUGCAAUCUUUUUUUUGCGACACGACGUCAAGUCGACAAUCGUUUUGACGAUGCAGCACGUGAUCGACAUUUUUGCACAAAAGCAUGAUCGCGCGCGACUGCGAGUUGAUGAUGGCCAUAGCGCUUUUGUUCUGCAUAUCCUGGCAGCAGCGGAUGCAGCGGACCGGCGGCGAACAAGGACGAAAGGAAAAAGAGGAACAGAUGCGAAAACGCCGCCGGAUGGAAAAAUGGAAGCGCGGAGAACCCAGCGGUCCACGGAUGGUGGUCGUGCAUUGCAUUUGCAUUGCACUUGAUAAAGAACCGCUUCUAUCAAAAAAAAAUCUCUCAUGUUGCUUGCGAACACUGACAUAUCGGGCUGAAGCUUCACAGUGCAGUGGUUUGCAUGCUUGGGAAGAUCGAAGGCAGUAGCUCAUGAGAAUUUGAUCUUCGUGAAAAAAAGACUUUAAAUACGCAUUUAGAUCCUACAUUGAGGCGGAGGUAAAAUCUCACCGGAUCUGCACUGUGAAGCUUUUAGCCCUUUAACUUCUCAGAUAUGCAUGUAGUGUGUCAGUAUGGCGCUAAUGAUCACAAGCAUGUCGUUUGCAUAUGAAUAAUGCUUCACAAACCAGCAGCGAACACACGGCAGGAGAAGCAGCCGAACAGGAGCCGCCGACUAUCGUCUAAGCGAGUUCGUGUUGCGGACAGACAGAACGCCUUCCGUAAAGUGCGUGGGUGGCUUUAUUCAUGUCACCGCGAUGCACACCAAGUGCUUAAACUAACUAGAACACAAGCUGCUGCGACACAGCAGCGACGUGACUAUGCAGGAUCGGUUGCUUCUGGUGUUCAACAAACAUUGAAAAAAAAAUUUUAAACUUUAAGAAAUCCGGCAGCUGUCUGGUUUGCGUCAUUCAUCAAACCGCGCCGGUCCCAAGGCUGUCGCUCGCCCGCUAAGCCACUCCUAGCCACGAGAGCUCUAGCGUAACAAAGACAAAAUCAGGCGGACGGCCCGGGGCGGGGGUGCUGACUAAAUUCGCGCUAUAAUCUGGCUAAAUUUUUCCGCAGGCCGCGCAGCUUUUCGGCCCCACAUUGAUGGGCCGCGCGCCUUUGCCCGGCCUGCGCCCGCCUCGUGCGUGGGGCGGCCGGGCGCCGGGGGCGUUCCGCGGCUUCGCGCGAGGCCCUUUGCGCUCCUUUUUCGGCGGUGCCCCCCGUGGCGCCGCCCUCGAGCGAUUAAAAAUUUAAAAAUUCGGAGUGGUUUCCGUCCGAAUUUUUAAAUUUUGCAAAGGCCGGCCCGCGCCCCUGCCGGCUUCGCGGCCCCGCGCCACCGCCCGCCGGGCGAGUUCGCCGCGCUGCCGGACCCCCGGAUCCGGAAUUCGGGGAAGCUAAAUCGGACGGAUAAAUCUUCGUGAUUUUCCGCAGAAAUUUGGCUAACCGGACGCCUAAAAUGCCGCUAAAAGUGCGCUAACUUCCCCGCUAAAUAUGUCGCUAAAUAUGUCGCUAAAUAUCGCGCUAAGUGUGUUGCUAAAUCCGACAACAGGGAAAUCCCACUGGAUUUGGAUCCGCGGACCAAAUUUAGAAGAUUCCCGGUCGGAAUUUAGAACACAUUUUUUUAGAACGAUAUUUAGAACGAUAUUUAGACACAUACUUAGACACAUAUUUAGAAGCAUUCCAAGUGGAUUUCAGCCGCACCUUCCACCCGCGAUCCGAUCGUGUGUGAAAGGUCCAGCUGACUCUCCGGGGGCGAAGGGCAAGGUGUUCUUCCGUCGAGCGCGGGACGUAAGCUCCGCGCGCAAGCUUGGGUAGGUCGGCGGGCGUUGACUUGAAGUUGCCCGGCCGCUCCCGGCAAGCAAGGUCCGCAGCAAGGUUCCAAGCUCCCCGGGCGUGAUGGCCGGGUGGCCGCGCCGCACGGCCCGGGCCGAGCGAAGGCCCCGGCGCCCGCUCUGCGGCGCUUGGCAGAGCGGGGGCGGCGGUUGUUUUCCCGCGGGCUUUUUCUGCUUUGCCUCUUAGGCAGUUUCCUGUCUUUGGGGCCAAACUAUUUAGCGGGAAAAUAGAACAAAUUUAGCGCGUUACACCGCCCCGCCUCGUCCGUCUGAACAAAAAACUUUUACACGGGCUCGAGACGUCUAAGCCCAUAAGGCUUACGCGCUAAAAUAGCCGCGUCGAGCCGUCGCAGGGGAACCGCAGAAGCCAGCAGGCUGCUCUAUGGAGGGGUUUUCCUUAGUUCGGCUCGCCGGCAGGUUGCGUGGAAGAGCACCGGCGGGGGCCUGUCGCCUUUUGUUCAGCUUCGCAGGCUCAUUCACAAAAUAGCCCGCUCUUGGCCUGAUCCUUAAUAUUUACGUGCGCGCCACGACCGGUUAGUACAAGACAGCGGCGGUGCUACAAGGCCACAGGUAAACCAUCCCUACGCCUUCCGGUUGACCUUGACGAACUGACUACCAAAACCGUUGCAGAUCUCUUCAGCAUCGCAGUCGCCCAGGGUUACAACGCCGCGCAUCCCGAGGGUAGAUCAGACGGACCACAGAAAGGCGUUGCGAGGUGGCCAAACGACACCACGAUAGCGGGAGAGCGGAAGCAAGGCCUUUGUUCUACUGUGUGGCGUGCGUUGUUCUAGUCCUGUCUAGCUUGCUAGAACAACCUCUACGAGUAGCAAGAGGGACCUCUGUCAAGAACCUCUACGAGUAGCAAUAAAGCGCCAGUUACUCACUCCUCUUAUGUUCAAAGACCGCCCACAUACGUCGUUCAGCAUUACAAAUUCCGUUUUCACUUUCCGCGUUUUGUUUUGACAUUACAAGAUCUACCCGAUUUUUAUCUCGUUUGUCAUGCGGCUCAGCCGCCCGACAUCACCAUGCUGCUGUCCACGACCUGUGCUGUUCUGCAUUUGGAGAUAGUCUCUCUCUUAUCUGCUUUGCACUUGAAGAACGAGCUCUCUUGUCUCUCUCUUUCUCUUUUACAAUUUCUUUUUUUUUCACUUGUUUAAACGGAUCUCGUGAUUAUUUUUUUCGAACUCUGUUGCCUUUGCAGCGCAUUAGCACUUACCACGGUGUGAACGUUUUGCACGUCUCGCCUGGCCCCGAAGCGUCUGCGUUUUGCUCAGUGAUAAAUAUUAUCUCCCCGGUGUAGUGCUCGCUUGAUCUAAUGCCCGGCGUACUUUGCAAGCGUACGUUACGCCUUAUCCCGAUGAGAAACACGCGAUCUUAUCCCCCCGACCUAGUAAUCGCUUGCGCCUUAAAUAUAUACUCUUUUUGAAGAAAUUGCACAGUUUUUAUCUCCCCGAGCGGUAGUUGGUUUGAGGGUGUCGAAGGGGUGUGCGCCCUUUUUCCGGCUACAAGGCGUGUUUUGCUCAAGAAGUCACUUUGCACGCCUCGCCUCGUCUAUCAAAAGUGUCUAUUUUCCCGAUCCAAUACUCGCUUGCGCCUUAAGUCUAAAACUUUUUCAUUCGGCAUCGGGGUUUUGUGACUUAGCGCUUAGCAUGGUAUACGCGAUAUUCGAGGUUCAACUCGAAAGGAAGGCGUAUGGUUUUCUUAAAAAUAAUCACUAGCUCCCCGACUUAUAACUCGCCUGAGCCCAUUUUCGGGCGUGUCUGCUUUUUCGAUCUCUUGCAGCUUUCCACGGUAUACGCGAUAAGAUCGCCUCGCACUUCUCGCCUUGUCCCGACGAAAAGAUGACGCGUGUGCGGUUUUCUUAAAUAGCUGUUUACGUCUUUCCCCCGUGUGUUAGAAGGUUCGAAAGAUCGAGCCGUUUUUUGAAGUCCUAAUCCCGCCGAGCUAAAACAGCGACUUUUAGAAAAACAAGUAAAAAAUGAAAAUUUUCAGAAGGAUCAAACUGACUAAAAAGACUUACCCCGCCGGGCUAAAAGAGCUGAUUUGUAGUCCUUUUGAUAUUUAUUCACUUUCGCAAUUGAUCUUACCACGGUAUGCUGGAUGUGAGUUCAUAUCUUUUUGAUGUCUUUUUGAUACUUUCUGCGCCUUUGCACCACUGUUCAUUCAUUUAGUUUUAAAAUCACUAUGGAAAAAAAAGAUAAAAACGUGGCUUGUAAUGCUUAUUUGUCGCAUUUCCGCAGAUUUUGCUGUAAAAUCCUUUAAAAUUUAUGCACCACCGCUGUGAGACGGCUACAUGGAUAUUCAAAAGUUGCCGCGCAUCUCAACUCCGUUGCGCUACGGCGUUUUAGUCGUCAUUUUGUGUCUAGCAUUAGCUUCUAGUGUUUACAGGUGGUAAAAUCACAUGAUGAUAGCAACGCAUCCGAAGUUGCUAACUUAGUUCCGAAAUCAGCUGACCCGGGCACCUCCGUGCCAGCAAAAGUAAAAUCUUUUGGCACGACUGUAAAAUUUGAAAGGCUCCUUCUAGUUAUUAUUGUGGAAGGUGCAGGUCUUAGGGUUCACCAAAUUUUACUCACGUUUUGGUCUUGCAACCUCAUGCUUAAUGAUCCAUGCCACAGUGCCUCUUUACGCUUUACCGGGCUAGCAUUGUAGGCGCACAGCAUUUUCAAAAACAAAAAAAAUAGCAGAAGUCGCCACGAGAAGCAAUCGCAACCCCCGGCUAUUUUAGUUCUACCAUAAAUUUUUGCGCAUUUAGUCAUAGUCCGCAUGUAGAUCUGGCAUCGCCCGCCGUGGCUCCGGUUUCAGCUUCCACUUCUCCUGCUCGGCCAUUCGGAUUCUUGGCGAUAUUACGGCGGACUCGCUCGCUAUGAAGAGGCGAUGGCAGCGACGGUUAUAACAAACCGACCCCCAGAUGUUCUCGCAAGCCCGUGCUGGCGAUCCGGUCGAAGUCUCGCUCUCGGUCUGUAUUUCUGGCUGCGUGCGCACCGACUUUGACGACUGGCGGUCCAGGUGCUCCGAACAACCACCGCGGGCAUUUACUAUAGUGUAUAGCACAAUCACGAAAGAGUACAUUUGUCCUGCGCACUGCUCAUGCUUUUCUUUUGUAUUUUGUCGGCUGAUCGGCCCCAUUUAGCCUGUGCUACAAACUUUCAUAAAUGCAGCACUACCAAGCUCGUGUAGAUUUUGUUUCCCCGACCCGGAUACACGCUUCCCCCGCUGCUGCCUCUCGGUUGGACACCUCUUGGGUGCUCAGCUGUUUGUCAGGGCUUUUUACAUGCGCGUGUGAUCCGGUGGUGCAGGAAAAUGCGCCACGAUGGAGGUAAUCCCCCGGUGUUUCCCCCUGUCCCGCCCUUGCGCACUCGGGUUCCGCCGUGGACAUGAAAGCUUUAUAUGAUGAUCGGAGGCUAGUUCGUUGUCUGCGGAGUUCCAUCAUGGCGUCUGAUCGUAGAUAGCUUUGGGUCAGGUCUGCUAAUCCUGGCAAGUAGUUUCAUAUGGCGCCGGAGCUCUAAACAACUUACUUGUUCCUCAGCGCUAUUGCGCUUGCUACUGCUGCUUGUCAAAAAGAAAGUUUUAUUGUUUGAUCUCCGCUUGUGGAUGAUCGGCGAUUCGCGCCUGCUCUGGUCUGCUAGCCGCGCGCUACUCUUUCAGUUCGUGUGGGCUCCUGGUGCUGCGAUCACCGUCGGGAGUUGAACAACAUGAGAACAUAAGGACGUCGGUGUUUGAGAGCUAUUCAGUAUUCGACUUCCUACUACGUUUUGAUCCUUUUGCAUCCCUCACGCACAUCCAGGAUCUUUGUGUAGUUCGAAGCCCGCCGAAUUUUUGCGAGCGGAUUUAGCUUUCUUACCCCCUCGAAAAAAGGGGAGUCUCCUGACCCUUAUGGUCGUCCCUGCCGCCGGUGGUCACGUCCGCGUGGCGCUUUCAGCUAUUACUACGCCUGGCGUUACUACGCCCGCUACUGCUUUUUGGUUGGUAAGUGGAUAGAUAUUUUAAUGUUUGGUCUCCGCUUGUGGAUGGCCGGCGACUCGCGCCACAAAUGCACGUGUAGCUGCGCGCUACUCUUCAAGUUCGUGCGGACUCCUGGUGUUGCUGCCACCGUUGGGAGUAUAAGAAAGAAGAACAUAAGGACGUCGGGUCUUUGAAGGCUUUACUUUGCAAGACCUCCUUCCGUCAUUUUUGCUCUUUGCUGCGUUCACGCGCAAAUUGUAUUUUUGAUGGAUUGAGGCCCGCCGAAGUUUUGCGCGCGGGUUUAGCCCUCUUCUACCCCCCGAAAAAAGGCACGUCUUCGGACCCUUCAGGUCGUUGCCCCUCCGCCCGCGUUGCGCCCGCGCUUCGCCAUCAGCAUCAGCAUCAGCUAUAUAGGUUGUCUCUCUCUCUCCCUCUCUCUCUCUCUCUCUCUCUCUCUUUCAAUAAGAAGAAAAAGGAAACUGUUAGUAAUUACAUCAGUUGUUGUGGCUUUCCUCCCA